AUGCCUCCAAAAUCGUCGCGUGCUAAGCCUGUGGUUGAUGCUCCGGCUGGUGGUGGGGAUCCUGCAAGCAAAUCGUCACCAGGCAAGGGCAAGGAUGUCAUUGAUAUUCUUCCGUCUGAAGCGGAAGUGACGACUGGCGGUUCUGGUCUCACCAUUGAAGAAAAGCCGAAGGCGCUUGCGUCGGUUUCUUUGGAUGACACCUUCGUUGAAGAUGACUCUGAUGAGGAGCUUGAGAUCGACACGGCUAAGAGUUCUUACCCGCAUUUGCGCUUCACGGCGAUCCUGCUCUUCCCGGUCACUCCCUCUCGUGAGGUUGCUUCGGUGAUUCUGACGUCGUUGCUGCCGCAUGUGGAGUUCGCCUCGCACAUCAUGCCGGCGGACCCUAUUUCGUAUCACAGCUUCGUGGUGAAGGUGGCGUUCAGGAUGAUCACGCGGGUUCAGUUGGGUCCAUGCCUCUGGCGGCUACCUGCAUACAUGGUGGAGAGGUCGGGGGUCAGGAAAGUUAUCGAGGCGGUGGAACGGCAGGCGGCGGCCUGCGGUGUUGAUUUCAAGUUGCUGAUAUCGCGUCUCAAUGCUGGUCUUAGAGCGUACGCAACGGAGGAGGGGAAAAUGAUCGGUGCUACUAUGGCUCACCUUCAGCGGGAAGUUGCGGUUCUGAAGCAGGCAUGGUUGGGUGACCCGGGCUGCGCCCGUCUGAAGGAGCUUCUGGCGGAAAGGGAGUCACAACUCAAAGGGUAUCAGCUGGCACGGAAGGAGCGGACACAGAUUUCGGAGUUAGACGUCGGAAGGAAGCUAGUUGCUGACAACAAAGAAAUUUUGUGCGCGGCGGCGCAAUACUACAGAGAUCUCUUCGGGGAGGACAGGCGGCGAACUGAGUCUGCUUGGUUCCCAGCCGUGGGUAGGAAGCUGUCGCAAGCAUCAAUGGAAGUUGUGUCCGCUGAUUGGACGGAGAAGGAGGUGAAGAGCGCCUUCUGCUCGAUGGCGAAAGGCAAGGCCCCGGGGAAGGACGGUUUGCCGAAAGAGCUUUUCGAAGUGCACUGGGACGUUCUGGGCAAACACUUCAUGAAGCUGGUGGAGGGCUUCGCCACGUCGGCAUCACUCCCAACCAGCACAAAGGACGCCGUCACUAUCCUGCUGCACAAGAAGGGGGGGCGCGAUCAGUUAGAGAACUACCGGCCGAUUACGCUGCUGAGCUUUACCUACAAGGUUCUGGCGCGGGUGAUUGCGGACAGAAUGAAAAAAGUGCUGCAUGAAGUGAUCUCUCCGGAGCAGUAUGGCUUCAUACCGGGGCGAAGGUUGUCGGAUGCUGUGGGCCUGGUCACAGAUGUCAUUGAGGCGGCUAAAAAUGAAGACAAGGAUUGGUAUCUUCUGCUGGUGGACUUCAGGAAGGCCUUCGACUCGGUCUCGAGGGGUUUUCUCUUCACGGUGCUGGAGAGAACGGGCUUCCCUGAAAGAUUCAUAAGUUGGGGGGAGGAGCAGAUCGCGGAAGCGGAGAGGCUGCUAGAAGCUUUUGAAGCAGACUCUGGCCUGGCUACGAACAAAGGGAAGUCAUCAAUCUUACCGCUGGGGAAGAACCUGGACAAGCAGCCCUGCAGGUUUGACGGUUUCAAAUGGGUGAAGUCGGGCGAAGCCGAGCGACUGCUGGGGAUGUGGGUGACGCCAGACGGGUGUUGCGCCCCCACCUGGGAAAAAGCUUUCGCACGGAUAAAAGAGAAACUGAGGCAGUGGGAGGCGCAACAUCUCACAACAGGGGCAAGGGCGGCGGUGAUCAACUGCUACAUUUCCCCUAUUAUUUUCUUCCAGGCGCAAGUGUAUCCACCGCCAAUGGUCAUCUGGGGGAGGAUUCUGAAGCUGACGCACAACUUCAUGUCGGGAAAUCGGGCCACAACAGACAAGGGAUUUAUUCUGUGGAGUCACGAGCUGCUGUACAUGGCGAGAGAGGAUGGGGGCGUGGGGGUGAGGGAUCCGGAAAUCGCGCUAACCUGCCUCACGACAAGAAGGAUCGGCCUGCUUCUCACCAAAACGAACGAGCUGAAGAAGGAAAUAAUGUUGCAAGCAGCAGACCUGCCACUGGGGACGGACACUUUUGUGCCCCACGUGAAACUCCUGAAGUGCUGGCGCAGGAAAAGCGAGAGGUGGAAGCUGGCCUGCGGUGAUUUCAUGCAAUCGUCGUUAGCGGAAACGCCACCGGAACGGACGAGGGGAGAAGCAGAGCUGGAGCGUCUAGUCUUUAACCGACAUAUCCUGCUGAAAGGCAAGACCCCGGUGGGCGGGCAGAAAGCUGCGGCGAAGCUGUGGGAUUUUCGCUUGAAGGACCUGGUGGCCUCGCACGGCGAGGGAGGGCGCAGGAGUUGGAAAGAGCUACUUCUGUCUGCCGAGCUUCUGCAGCCUCCCCAGCCUCCGCCACGACCCCUUCCUCAGAGAACCCCGCUGUAUAGCAACACGCAGUUGGCGUCGUUGAGGGAGCUGAAGGGGAGCUGGGAUCUGGUGGUGGCCGUCAAGCGCGCCAUGCGCAUGUUGAAUCCAUCGAGGCAAGUGGCGGAUCUGGGGGACCUGCUGUUUGGGAAGGCAGCAUCCACCUCAGCUUUUCCGGAGGCAUCUCUCUCUGCCAUUACGGUGCACCAGAUUUGGGCAGAGAGGUGUGAGUGCGUGUUUCGGGGGAGAAGGUUCAGGGCUCGGCGCGUUCUCAGGCGAAUUGAGGCUGCCUUUCGGCUGCAUGUGAAAGUGUACACGCGGACUAUGGGGAGGAUGUUGGACAAGGGCGGCGCUUCAACACGACAAAAGAAGGCAUAUGCGCUGGCAGGUCAGGAGGAGGAGAUUCUUGGCCGCAUUUGA